AUGUCAACAGCUUCACCACUAAAUAAUAAAAAUGAUAUGUCAAAAUUAUCAAGAGAUGGAUUAAAAAAGAGAAAGAAUUUAGAUGGAGCCAAAGAGAGUAGUAGUCCAUUAAGUAAACUUAGAUCCGCUACAUUAAGAAGUGGAAUAAUUGGUGGAAAAUCUGAAAAAUCCAAAGGUAUUCAAUUUGAUUUGGGUGGUAAAUCAACAACCAAUGCUUUAUCACUUCACUCCUCAGUACCAUCGAAUCAAAGUUAUAUCUCCUCACCAUUGUCAUCACCAUUAAACAAUAAUAAUAAUAAUAAAUACUUUAGUAAUAACAAUAGUAAUAACAACAACCAAUUGAGUUUCAGUAGUAAUAGUAUUACAAACACACCCAAUAGUAAAGAUAAAACUAAACAUAAUACACUUCAUAGAAAAUCAAUGCGUGCAUCAAUGCAAUUGAAAAUUGAUGAAGUUAUGAAAAUCUAUGCACCAUUAUCUGGUUCUGAAUAUUUAACAAAAGGUUGCUUAAACAACAACAACAACAACAACAACAACAACAGUGACAAAGAGAAUGAGCCAUCAUCUCCAUCACAUGCAAAUGUAUUAUUAAAUUCACCACCAUCAAGUCCAAGUUUAACAACAAAGUCAUCAUCGUCAUCGUCAACUUCAUUAUCACCAGUAUUAAAUAAAUUGGUAUUAUCACCUGGUGGUAAUCAAUCACCAACAACUAAUAAAGUUAAAUCAAGAAAAUCAAUUCAAAAUGAAAGAAUGUCACAAAUUCGUAAACAAGUUAUAGAGAAUGCUGAAUUUAUUUUGGGUAGAUUAGGCGAAUAUCAAAGAUCAGUAUUAUCAUUACCAGAUAUUCUUAAUCCUCAAUCGAGUGGUGAUAUUAUCAAUUCUGAAUUUGGUUAUUUAAUUACCAAUACUAAAAUCAUUACAAAGAUUCUAUCACCAUUGGAUUCGAUUUCAAGUUCUGAAACUGAUAGUAAAAUCAUUACAAAUAAUCCAUUAUCACCAACACCAAUCAAUAGGAAUAUUAAUAAUAUUGAUAGUAUACUUUCACCAUCUCCAUCAUUUUCUUCAUUAUCUUCAUUAACUUCAUCAUCUGUACAAAUAAAUCAACAACUACAACAACAACAACAACAAAUUGUAAAUUCAAAUUCAAAUUCAAAUUCAAAUACAUCAAUAUCAACAUUAAAUUCUCCAACAUUAUCAUCAUUAUCAAAUACAUCAUCACCAUUAUUUUCAAAUGCAUAUUCAAAUUUAAAUCAACAACAAAAUGUACAUGGUGUAAAUAAAAAUAAUCAAGUUUUCAAUUCAUUGACAGAGAUGGAUAUUGUGGCUCAAUCGAUUUCAAUUAUUGCAAAGAAACUAUUGGGUAUUGAAAUUGAAAUUAAGAAAUCAAAUAUCACCGAGAAGAGAGCAUCGAUUUUGGCAUCAUUUAUUCGUGCAACUAGACAAUUCAUUGAAACUGGUAUCGUACCAGAGGUUGAUAUACCAUCUGAACUUGUAAACUCUUUAUUCUUGGUGCCAUCUGCUGAGAAUAUCACACAAAUCUAUAAACCAGAGGAAGAUGAUUAUCUCUAUAAAUCUGGUAUGUUAAUUAAAAAAGGUAAAAAAGGACCAUUGGUGGUUUGGAAAGAACAAUGGUUAACUUUAUCACCAGAGAAAUUAUCAAUUCAUUCGAGUAAAUCGAAAAAAUUAAAAAAAGAAAUCUCUUUAAACUCAAUCAUAUCAAUUACACCAGUUACAAAGUAUGAAUAUAAACAUUGUUGGAUGGUAAAGAUUGUUGGUGGUCAAAAGUUUAUUUUUAGAGGCUCAAAUGAAAAGGAAAGUGCUUUGUGGAUGUUGGCAAUUGAUGGUUUACCAAGAAAGAAUUUUGAUACAAAUCAAUCUUGUAUAAAUUUAUAUAUUAAAGAGAAUUUAUUAGAAACUAUUGGUAUUGCUAGUGGUGGUGGUGGUGGUAGUGGUAGUGGUGGUGGUGCAACUAGUAGUAGUAGUAAUAGUGUUGUAAAUAAUAGAGAGAAUAAAAGAAAAUCAAUGGCUGGUGGUAUUAUUAGAAGUAGUCAUGGCGAAGAAUGGACUUAUCGUCCUGAUGGAACUUUAUUUAAUACCGAUUUCUUGGAUACUUCAAUUAAACCAAAAGAAAUCAAAUACAAUUGGAAUGGUCAAUUCUUAAUGCCAGCAUCCGAUACCACUAGAAACUUGGGUCAUGGUAAAUGGAAUGGUGUUUGGUUGGCUUGGUAUAAUCCAAAUUCAAAUGAACCUUUCUUAAAGUAUAUUUGGGAUCAAACAAAUAAUGAGUACUUAAAUCAAAAUACAAAAUUAUCCUUCAAAUGGUCUUCUCAAAGAGGUUCUUUGGUUUCAAAGAUUGGUAAUGGUGAAUGGUUAGUUGAAGGUCGUGUUCCUGAAACUGUCAUUAUGUUUGUACAAUGCUUAAGAUAUAUUCGUCAUAAAGAAUUAGGUUUUGAUUAA